CAGGCGCGUGAGUUUGCUUGCCGAUGGCCACGCCCCGCUCUGAAGCCGUAUAUAAGUGGUUUCCACAAGCAGUUGGCAGAGGUAGCGUACACAGUGAGCCAAGAACAGGACCAGCCAUGAAAUUUACGGCUAUCGCACUAGUGUGUCUGGCAGCGGCCGUGGUAACGCACGCCGAUCCCGAACCACACAAGUACCACCACUACCCCUACUACCACUACGAUCCUCUCUACCACGAUGUCGAGCCACUGGAGGGGGAUGGAGUGGCCAGGCAUCCUGGCGGUGGCACCUCCUUCGUGGGUCCUCAAGUUCACGGCCUCACUAAACGCUCAGCUGACCCCAUGCCAGAAGCUGACCCUGAACCAGUAGCUGACUCGGACACCACCAAUAGUUAUAGUUACCAGAUAGUCCACCAUGGCCAUCCCCACUAUGGAUAUCGCUACCCUUACUCUGGCUACCGCCACAACAAUUUCUAUGGUUAUCCUCACAGAUACCACAGCCACCACAAGAGAUCAGUCGAAUCUGAACCCGAACCUGAACCUCAUUACAGCUAUUACGGACGCCCUCACUACUACAACAGAUACUACCACGGUUACCCUCACUAUUACCCUUACGCCGGCUACCGUUAUGGCUACGGAGGAUAA